AAAAUUAGCUCAGAAAUUUACCAGUUGUUGUAUGAAUGUAGGUUGUACAGACGUAGAAGAAUUUAAUUUUUGUUUUAAUUAUGUUGUUUUGUAUAUUUUAUUGUAUAUAUUGAGAAUGAGUAUCCAGCAUAAAAGUUUUAUUCUGCUGAGUAAAAAGACUGGUAAGAAACGGGAUAAAGUUUCGUCGACGUUGAUGAGACCAAAAUCGAAAACGGAAGUUUUGCCAGGAACUUUGCUUCGAUUUUUUGACGAAGUUACGAAAGGUUCAACCUAUUAUUUAUGUUUAGUAUCUGUGGAUUCAGAACCGGUAGAGAUAGAAUGUAUUCCCGGAGAAGCCGAAGAAAUAGAACAACAAGUAAUGGAUUUAUUACAGUCAAUACCAACAUGUUCUGACAGACUGGCUGUUUAUAAUGACAAGGAUUGGUUAUCCGAGGGUCUAGCAAUAACACGUAGAGCUAAAUCAAAUGAAAGUUUGGAUGAACCCGCCUAUGUCAAAUUAAAGAUGGACAGUUGUCUUUCACCUGGGACAAUCCGUUUUGUAGGAAAACUUCCAGAUUUGAAAGGAAUAUAUUUCGGAGUAGAGUUGACGGAUCAGCUAGGAAAAGGAACUUGUGAUGGAAAAGUAAGAGGUCAUCAAUAUUUUAAAUGUCCAAAAGACAGUGCCGUUUUUAUUCCUAUUAGUAAAUUGCGUAAACUUAAAGAAGGUUUUGAACAGAGUGAAUUAACAAAAGCCAAGGGCAGUCAAUAUAAACCUAGAAAAACAACAGAUAAAUCACAUCCUGACUGUAGUUUGUUAAUAGGAGAUCGAGUAGUAUGGAUGAGAGAUACUGGUAAAGCAGAUGUUCAACCAUUUGAUGGAACAGUUAAAUGGAUUGGUAUAUUACCUGAUGCAAAAGAUCAAAGCUUAACUGUAGGGGUGGAGUUUGACAAACCCAUCGGAUCUGGGACAGGAAAAUAUAGCGAUCAUCGUUUAUUUUAUGCUAAACAAAAUCAUGCUUCUCUUAUUCCAAUUCUGGGAUUACUGAAAGCUGAUGAAUUUUAUCCAUCAGGAGUUGCUAAUAAUAUAGAUGCUGAUAGUGGAAUGUAUACAGAAUCAACACCAUAUUCUAAUAUAUUACCAGAUCCUAGUGAUACUAAUAGACGACCCCAAGUACAUUCAUAUACAACCAAUGAUAUUCAAACUUCAAAACCUGAAAAACAAACAUCAAAAACUGAAUAUAUUUUCAGGAAAGAUAAAUCUGAUUAUUCCCUUGAAAAUUAUUCUAGGACUCCUAUUGAGAAUUUAUAUACCCAUAGAGGUAGUAGCUAUGAUGAUAAUGGUAGAUAUCAUUCAUUAAUUCUUAAUAACAGUGAGAGUAUCAACAGGAGACCUGGUAGAUCCACUUCUGAUACACAUUUCGGAACAAAUGUUUUAAAUGAAGCUGACUAUAAAGAAAAAGGACUGAAUCCAAUGUACGAAUAUUCUCGUCUUCAAGAUGAAGAAAGAGAUAUGACUUCUAAAAGUAGACCGACUUUAGUUGAUACUGAUCUUUGUGAAGGAUGGAGGGUAGUGGUACCAUUAAAACAACCAGUAUAUGGUGUGAUAAGAUGGAUUGGAAGAUAUGAUGGGAAAGAGAUGGCAGGAAUAGAAACGGAUGAAGAGGCUGUAGCUGGUACUGAUGGAACCUUUAACGGUCAUAGAUAUUUUAACUGUGCCCCAAAACAUGCAUUUUUUGUUCCACUUGUUAGAUGUCUGAAAGAUAGACGCUUUUAUACAAGUUUAAGGAGCAUGUCGGCUAAUGGAUUUGGUUCAUUAGAGACACCCGAUAUAGAUGCAGAUAUUUCCCCACCGACAUCAUUAGAUCGUGAUUUAAUUUGUGGUAAAAGCCGUGGAAUACAAGGACAUCAUAAUUCAUGUUACUUAGACUCAAUGUUAUUUUCUAUGUUUUACUUUACGCCUGUUUUUGAUGAUAUUUUAUACCGGACUAGAAGACCAACAGAUAUGGAACCUUAUGAAACAGUACAAAAAGUUAUUAAAGAUGGCAUUGUGAAUCCCCUAAGACGUAAUCAUUAUGUGAGAGCUGAUAAAGUGAUGAAGUUACGAGAAUUAUUAGAUAAACAUAGCUCUAUACUUGGAAUGAUGAACGAAGAGAAAGACCCAGAGGAAUUUUUGGUUGCUUUGCUUGGAGACGUGAUGAAAGCAGAUCCAUUACUUCAUCUAAGUUCCGGUGAACAUACAUAUUUUUAUCAAUUAUUUAUGGAAAAAGAUGACCACCUGUUAUUACCCACAACACAGCGUCUAGUAGAAAUAUCAUGUUUACAAGGAAAUGUUAAAUUUAAGGAGGUUCCUUCAUGUUUGAUAAUUCAGAUGCCACGUUUUGGUAAAGAUUAUAAAAUGUAUAGAAGAAUUAUUCCUAGUUUAGAAUUAGAUAUAUCAGAUAUUUUAGAAAACAGUCCAAGAGAAUGUAAUAUUUGUGGUCGAUUGGCUGAAUAUGAAUGUAAAGAUUGUUAUCAAGGAGCAGGUGUACCAUGUUUAAAUUCUACAGCUUUUUGUACAGCUUGUAAAGAAAGGAGUCAUCAGCAUCAAUCAAGAAGAAACCAUGUCCAAACAGAAAUCUCAACACCAUCUUGUUACUUAGACUUUAUUCUGCAAAAUUCCAAAAAGAAUGCAAAUAAUGAACCUGAAUAUACAGUGCCACGAGAAAAAAUGGAAUUAUUUGCUGUAAUAUGUAUACAAACUAGUCACUAUGUUUCAUUUGUCAAAUGUGGUAGUGGAAAAAAUGCUCAAUGGGUUUUCUUCGACUCCAUGGCCGACAGAAUGGGAGAACAGAGUGGAUAUAACAUACCACAAGUUGCGCCUGUACCAGACCUCACACAGUGGUUAUCAGAGGAGAAGUUUGAACAAUUGGCUACCACAAACGAUGAUGAUAAACAUAUACCAGAACAUAUUCGCCGUUUAUUGGGUGAUGCCUAUAUGUGCAUGUAUCAAAGUUUGGAUGUUAUGAGGUUUAAAUAGAACUUGUAUUUUAACUAGUGUUUAUAAUGAACUAUAAAUGUUUGAUAUUUAUUAUUUAUGGAAUUGUUAUAGUGGACAUCACUUAAAUACAGUAUGACCACAUUCUAUGUAACCCACAUUUUACACAUUAUUGGUGGACCCUUGCCAGACAAUAGAAUCCAAAAGACUCAACAUAUAUCUAUGACAAAAAACAUAGCACUUUAUUUAACCUGUCAUGAUUUGUAAAAUUAACUUAGUUAUGUUUUUAUUUAGAUUAUGUCAGUUUCACCUAUGUUGAAAGAGGAUCAACAGAUAUAGUGUUUAGAAUAUGGCUUAUUUAGAGUAUGGUUGUAAUAUAAAUAUAUCUAUCAGAAUAGACUUGUUUGAUAAGGGGACUUGCUAGUAUCUGUGAUAUGUGAUCUGUUUUUACAACUAAUGAUUGUUUUAUUCCUUUGUAAGAAUGAAGGAUAAAGCACGAGACUGAGCUUAUGCUGGGGAAAGUAAAACCGAAGAAAAUAACCUGAGAAAAAGAAAAAACGAGGUCAGCAGGGUUUUUUCUGAAGUCUUUCUUCCCCAGCAUAACUGAAGGCGAGGACUUUAUCUUGCUUAUAAACCGUCUAUGUUUACAUGUACGCAAGAUGAGAAUAUUCCAUUAUCCCUGUAAGAAAAAACCUACCCUGGAAGAAUAUAACCCGUUAUAGGUUUAAAGAAAAACUUUCAGAAGAAUAACCCCAAAUGUCCCUGUAUAUAUCCAAAGCCCCCCCCCCCCCCCCAACUUUUAGACCACAAGUUAUUCCGGGCAUAGAAUAUACCCCAAAGAUCAAAGAGAUUUACCGUUACAGGUUUAUGACAUGAAAGAAAGCUUCACUAGUAUCAAACCAAUCUCCACCCUUAUAAUAGACAGAUACCCUAAAAUAUAUACAUACCAAAUGGUCAUACUUCUCUAACAUUAAUGAAUACUUUUAUAUUUUUUUAUGGUGGAACACAAAUUUAUCCGUCAUCUGGAAAGAGAUUUGACACAUUUCUUCACUCUUUCAGAAAUGAAUGAAAUAAAUCAGAUUACUUGCAUAGUUAUUGCCCUUGAGGUUUUAGAUCUGGUUUAGACUACUUUAUUGUUUGUAUUACCGGUAUUAGUGAUAUAUAGAUGUCUAUUGAAUUUUGUUUAUUUGUGGUAAUUAUUUGAAGAGAUACAGACAGUUGAUAGUUCUAUGUCUAAUAAUAUAUUUUAAAAGCUUGUUGAUAUUAAACAGUUAAUGAUUUAUCAGACAGUCUACUAUCUUUUGCAAAGUUAACAAUAGCCAUUGGUGUCAGUCAUAAACGGUACUGGUUUUUUAUGCACACUUGUUAAAAUUCUGCAGAUCCCUUUUAUUUGCUGUGGGUCCCACUGGAAAUCGCAAUCAUUUAAAAUGAUUUGGGCUUAGUCGGGUGUUAUCAUGGUUAGGUGCUUUUGAAAAGUUCUUUAUUCUGAAGAUUUCACCAAUUCAAAAUUAUAGCCACUGCCCACCACAGGUCUGUUUUUACUAUCAUUAAUCUUUAAGUGGAAUUUAAGGAUUAAGAAACACAUGUACAAAACAGAAUUUUUGUAGGAAAGAAUGACUGGUUUUAUUACGCAAGCACAACAUUUCAACAAAAUCCUAAUGUUGUUAUCAAGCCAAAGAGGAUACUUGUCGAAACAUUGUUCUUGUGUGAUAAAACCAGUCAUUGUUUCCCAUAAAAAUUGUGUUAUAUUAUCAUUGCUUAUCUGCAUAAAAUUACAGAAGCCAUUUACACAUGUAGGUCUAUAUAUCUCUAAAUAUUUGUUUAAUCAACUGCAGAAAUAUGAUGGGUUUGGUUCUUUUGCCAUAGAAUGAGGAAAAUAUGUGAAAUGUCUUGGGAACAUAAAUUGUCUUGAAAAGAUUUUGAACAGCAUUAAUGUUAAUUUCAAAUAAAUCAUAUUUUUGCAAUAAAACAAUUGGUCUUUUAAAUGUCUUUAAAAAAAUGUUAUUGGAAUUAUCCAAUAAAAAUUUACUGUCAAAAGAACUUGUAUCAAUUUCAUGGGAUUACUUUUGAUUAUAUGAUCUUCACUCCUUUGCAUUUGGUACAGUUUGUCUUAAAGAUUAAUGAGGUAUUUUACUGCCAUCACCCUGUCCCUCUGUUGUCCACAUUUUCUUUUUAAAUCUGACAAAAUAUGAAAUGAAAUAGGGUUUAACAUCCUACUGGUUUGCUCAGUCUGGACUAAUGAAGACUGGCAUACGCCAUACAGUGUGCUAUGAGGGAAAUUUUGCUUGGGCAGCGACACUAUGGCCUACUCUUAUAUCAAAUGCCAACUGCCAAGGGAUCUUUUACAUGCACGCCAAUGUAUACACGGGACCUCAGAUUUUCAUCCCAUCUUUACGACUAGACAGCUGUCCUUGGCAGGCCUACUGUCCUGCACCACUGACGACAAGGGGAAACCAUGUCAGAAAAUCCCAGUGAACUUUCUUGGCCAAUGCAUGGAUUGAAUGUCUUACCUACUUAGCCACCAGGGCUCCCCAUCUUUAAAACUGACCUUCAUUAAUAUGGUUUGUGCAGGAAAGUAGGAUGUUAAACCCCAUUUCAUUUCGUUUUCAAAAUAAGUGAAUGAAAAAAGGCCUUUUAGACUUCUGUGAUUUCUGCUAACAUCCAGAGAUUUUGAUGUAUACCGGUACUACUUUGUAGAAUGUUGUGAACACUUCAAUUAUAAAGAUUAUCAUCAGAUGUGAUUUAAAUAUUUCUUUAUUAUUCAAAUAGUAAAACAAGGUGGCCUGUUGAGUCUCAACAAUUUCUGUUAAGUUGUGAAGGGGGGGGGGAAUGUGGAUGGCCGAAUGGUUAGUGUGUGCGCGCAGAAUCAUAAGGUAUGUCAUUGAGUCAAAUGCCGUGGUUUCGAUUCCCCAGUUGUACAUGAUGAGGAGUAGGGUCGUCUGUCCAACCUCGUGGGUUUUCUUCGGGUCCUCCACAAGCGAAUUAUUGAAAUAAAAAACUGAACGAUAUGUUAGUCCCAAAAUGACCUAGUUUGUGUUGAGUGGACAUUAAACCCCAUCCUCUCUUUAUCUCUCUAGAGUUGUGAUCCUUGUUCAUUUUGUACAAUUUUGGGAAUGUUCUAGUAAAAAAAGUUAUUUUGCCGAUCUUGAAAUUAAUAUCCAUUAUUCAAAUUAGUGAAAAGAAGAAUUGUAUAGAAUCUUAAUAGUUUCCAGUAAUUACUUCUUUGCGUUUUUUCAUAAAAUCGUGUAAAUGCUCUACUAGCAAAAGUUAUUGUCCAAUCCGCUUGAAAUCAAUAGCACUGUUAAUAUUAGUGAAUUGCAGAGUUUUAUUUUGUUAAUUACUUUGUGGAAACUUGUGAAUGCUUUAACUGUAAAAGUAAUAAUGUGUUAUGUUCUUUGUUUUGAUUAUUGCGAUGAAUAACAAUUAAAACUAUUUUUGGACAAGGACCUGCUCCCCAAGUGCUAAUUAUCAAGUUCUUCUUGGGGUGACACUCUUCAAAAUGGACUAAGGCUCCAACAAUUCAAGUAUGAUCAAGCAUGCUUGUGCCUUGGACAAUUGCACAUUGAUUGACAUUCUUCAAUUUUUAAUAGGACGUCACAAUUGCAAAAUGGCAUCCAUGACAUCAUGUAUGUUUCCUGGUCCAUAUCGUAUUUGUUAAUAAUCACUUGAGAGUUGUUACCUGCCCAUCCAUUAUGUCAUAGAAUCUUGUCAACUGUUUGAAGAUUCAAAAUCUGAUCAAAUUUAUGGACUCCUUGGACAGCAGGGGUUUUUUUGUUCCGCAACUCAUCUUUACUUGUAGUAUAAUUAUUAGUAUUUUUGUCUAUAUGGGCUAUUCUAAAUUAACUCUUGUAAUAAACAGAUUUUUAUUGUCCUACCCAAUUCUGACCCAAGUUUGCACAUUUAAUGUACAUACAAGUAAUAAAUCAACAAUACUAAAGAU